AUGGAUUACGCGGGCCAGCAGACUGGUCGUGGCUCCGAUGAUGAAUCAAUCAUUGAACAAGAUGCUGGGGACGUUUGGAGUGAUAACAGCGACGGCACUCGCCUAACUGUAAAGCCUGAAGAUGAGGACGCAGAUGAAGACGAAGAUGAAGAUGAAGAUGAGGAUAAAGACAAACACAGUAAUACUGAGUCGUUCUUCAUGUAUGGAAGUGAGGAUGAAGUCUUAUUGAGACCAUUAUUCCAAAAAGUGGACCUCUUGAUAAAUGAAUUCGCUGAAACAAAUGCAGCCUUCACCAAAGACCAAGUGAAGCGAUACCUUGGAGCACAUGUGUGCUACGAGCAUCACACAAAAUUUAUUGGAGAGUUCAAGCCUCCCCAAGCAAUCAAGACAAAGCUCAGUGGCUGGAGUAUGUAUCAGAAGAAACAUAUUCAAGGCAAAAAAAAUCCUGAAAUCAGAGCGCAAAGCCCAUUUGCAGCAACUUGGAGCCCAAUGGAAGGCGCUUAG